GCACUGUGCUCUUGGGCUGGAACUGUCAGAACCUGUGGGUGAUGCUGACAGCAUGAAGCUCACCAAGAGCCAUGGAGGAGAGUAUGGGGAGGACACCCACGAUUGUGAGGAGUGUCAGAACUUUUUCACCGACACCUGUGCAACUCAUGGGGCCACAGCGCUUUUAAAGGGCAGUGCCAUGGAUACAGAGCACCCCCGUCACUCAGCUCUCACACUGAAUCCCGGGCUAAGGACUGGACUUGGAGUACACAGUGAGGCAUCUGAGCCGCUGCUGGGCCUAGACUUUGGCCCCUACGAUGGUCAGCUGACAGAAGAUGAGGAGGCAGCCAAUAGUGGCUACUCUAGGCUGAAAUUCCUCCAUCAACAAGUGCAGCACACCCAUCCCUCUCAGUCCUCUCCAAGAACUCCUGCGGAAAAACACCUUCACCUAGAGCACCGCCAUCCAGGGGAUGGGAAGGAGCCGCAUUCUGAGCAACUCGCCAGGAAUGACAGAGCAGAAGGUCUAGAGAUGGGAGAUGGGCCCAAAGCCAUGUUUGAAAGGACAAGACAGGGGGGCAUUUUAAAGACCUUCUCUAGUCUACCCAAAGACCAAAUGGGGAGUUCUAGGGAGGCUAACAGAAUGACGCAGACAGACCCAUGCUCAGGCCAGAGAGUGAAUGCUGCGGACACAGGCAAAUUAUUGCCGGGGAAAGGAAUCCCAAGAAUUGCAAAAGUUACAUGUAGAGAGUGUGGGCAAGGCUUUAGUGCUAAGUCAAGCCUUAUCACACACCUGAGGACUCACACAGGGGAGAAGCCCUAUGUCUGCAGGGAGUGUGGGCAAGGCUUUAGCCAGAAAUCAAUCCUCAUUAGACACCAGAGGACACACACAGGGGAGAAGCCCUAUGACUGCAAGGAGUGUGGACGAAGCUUUAGCCGGAAAUCACACCUAAUAAAACACCAAAGGGCACACACAGGGGAGAAGCCCUAUGUCUGUAGAGAGUGUGGACGAGGCUUUAGCCAGAAAUCAGUGCUUAUCACACAUCACAGGACACACUCUGGGGAGAAGCCCUAUGUCUGCAAGGAGUGUGGGCGAGGCUUUAGCCAGAAAUCAAACCUUAUUAAACACCAGAGGACACACUCAGGAGAAAAGCCCUAUGUCUGCAGGGAGUGUGGACGAGGCUUUAGCCAGAAAUCAGACCUCAUUAAACACCAGAGGACACACUCAGGAGAGAAGCCCUAUGUCUGCAGGGAGUGUGGGCGAGGCUUUAGUCAGAAGUCAGACCUCAUUACACACCAGAGGACACACUCAGGGGAGAAGCCCUAUGUCUGCAGGGAGUGUGGGCGAGGCUUUAGCCGGAAGUCACACCUUGUCACACACCAGAGGACACACUCAGGGGAGAAGCCCUAUGUCUGCAAGGAGUGUGGGCGAAGCUUUAGCCGUAAGUCAGACCUCAUUAAACACCAGAGGACACACUCAGGGGAGAAGCCCUAUGUCUGCAGGGAGUGUGAGCGAAGCUUUAUUCAGAAGUCACACCUCAUUAGACACCAGAAGACACACUCAGGAGACAAACCCUAUGUCUGCAAAGAGUGUGGGCGAGGCGUUAGCCAAAAGUCAGACCUCAUUACACACCAGAGGACACACUCAGGGGAGAAGCCCUUUGUCUGCAUAGAGUGUAAACGAGGCUUUAGCCAAAAGUCAGAUCUUAUGAAACACCAGAGGACACACUCAGGGGAGAAACCCUAUGUCUGCAAGGAAUGCGGGCGAGGCUUUAGCCAGAAGUCAGACCUCAUUAGACACCAAAGGACACAUUCUGGAAUGAAACCCCAUGUCUGCAAGGAGUGUGGGAGAGGAUUUAGCCAGAAGUCAGACCUCGUUAAACACCAGAAGACACACUCAGGGGAGAAGUCCUAUAUCUGCAGGGAAUGUGGGCGAGACUUUGGUGAUAAGUCACACCUCAUUGGACACAGGAGAAGAAAAUACUGCCAACACACACUGCCAUCUCCCCAGCUUUGA